AUGCCGCCCGCGCCGCCGCCGCCGGCGGCGUCACCAGACCCGGCGGCGCCGGCCGCCGCGGCGGCGGCCGCGCCGGCCGCGCCGGCCGCGCCCGCCGCGCCGCCGCCCCCCGAGGCACCCGCGCCGCCGCCGCUCGUGCAAGAAGCCGUCGAGGGCAUGUUCGGGAAGCCCACGAACGGCGUGGCCGUUCCCAUGGGCGCGUCGCUGCUGUCCGAUAACGGAAUAAACUUCGCGGUCUACGCGGGCCCGGAAGUGAACGCGAUGAACCUGUGCCUGUGGAAGCCGGAGGACCUCAGGGCCGGGAAGCCGCCGACGGCGGAGGUGCCGUUGGACCCGCAGUUCAACCGCACGGGGAACACGUGGCAUGUCGCGCUCCCGGAGGCGACCGAUCAGAUGCUGUACGGCUACCGCGUCUGGGGCCCGAAGAACCCGCACCAGGGGUUGAUGUACGACCCGCAGCACGUGCUCCUGGAUCCGUACGCGACGGCGAUCCUCGCGGGGGACAGGACCGAGUACGGCGUGGUUUCCAAAACCGCGCCCCCGGGCGAGGAGUGCUGGCCGCAAUACGCCGCCGCGGUGCCGUCCCCGAACGAUGUCUUCGACUGGGAGGGCGUGCAGUCGCCGAAGUUGAACUACGACGAGAUGUGCGUGUACGAGGCGUCCGUACGCGGGUUCACGCAGAAGGAUGGCGGCGGGACGUACGAGGACAUCAUCGAGCGUCUGCCGUACCUUAAGCGCAUGGGAUACAACUCCCUUGAGCUCUUACCGAUCGCGGAGUUCAACGAGCUCGAGUACAGCACCGUGCCGAACCCGGUGACGGGCGAGAUGCGAUAUAACUACUGGGGGUACUCGUCCGUGAACUACUUCGCGCCGAAGCAGCUGUUCGCGAAAUGCGCGGGCGAGGACUGCGGCCGCGCCGCGGGGCGAGAGUUCAAGACGCUCGUGAGAGAGUGCCACCGCGCCGGGAUCGAGGUCAUCUUGGACGUCGUGUUCAACCACACCGCGGAAGGCAACGAGAAGGGUCUGCACCUGUCGUUCCGCGGUCUGGACAACAGGACGUACUACAUGGUCGCCCCGGACGGGGACUUCUACAACUACUCCGGCUGCGGGAACACGCUGAACUGCAACCACCCGGUCGUUCGACAGAUGAUCGUCGACUGCUUAAGGCACUGGGUGCUCGAGUACCACAUCGACGGCUUCCGGUUCGACCUCGCGUCCAUCCUGACGCGCGCGCCGAGCAACUGGGCGGAGUUCCGCGACGGCGUCCCGGGAACGGGCAUCGGGGGCGACUCCGUCCCCGGGCAGGACCUCCCGGAGCCGCCGGUGAUCAAGAUGAUCAGCGAAGAUCCCAUCUUGGGACACGUUAAGCUCAUCGCGGAGGCGUGGGACGCGGGCGGGCUGUACCAGGUUGGCUCUUUCCCGCAUUGGGGGAAGUGGGCGGAGUGGAACGGUCGGUUCCGCGACGACACGAGGAAUUUCGUCCGCGGGAUGCCCGGGUACGCGGGCAUCUUCGCCGAGUGCCUGUGCGGCUCCCCGACGCUGUAUAACGACGGGCGAAAGCCGUAUCACUCGAUCAACUUCAUCACCUGCCACGACGGGUUCACGCUGAGAGAUUUGGUGUCGUACAACGAUAAGCACAACCAAGCGAACGGGGAGAACAACAACGACGGGGACGACAACAAUCAGUCCUGGAACUGCGGUCUCAGCGCCGCGGAGGAUGGCGAAAACGCGCUGCCGGUGGCGAAGACGCUGCGCGACCGCCAGAUGCGAAACUUCUUCACCGCGCUGUUCGUGUCUCAGGGGACGCCGAUGGUGACGCAAGGGGACGAGUACGGACACACGAAGGGGGGCAACAACAACACGUACUGCCACGAUAACGACCUGAACUACAUGGACUGGGCGCUCGCGAAGGACCCGGUGAAGAACAAGGGAUUGAGCCGGUUCGCGCGUCUCAUGCGCGCGUUCCGAUCGAAGCAACCCGCGCUUCGCCUCGCCAACUUCCCGAACCAGGACAACAUCCAGUGGCACGGGCACGAACCGAACGAGCCGAUGUGGGACGAGGAGUCCAAGUUCGUCGCGUUCACGGUGAGGAGUAACGACGUCGGCGCGGAGGGGUCCGAGACGCUGUACUGCGCGUUCAACGCGCACCACCUCCCCGCCAAGGUGGUGCUUCCGAACCCGCCGCAGGACUGCCAGUGGAGGAUGGUCGCGGACACCGCGCUGAUGGCGCCGUACGAUUUCUUAGACGCGGACGACAUCCCGGCGGCGUCCAAGGCGGCCGCGGAGGCGAUGAUCAAGCCCCAGCUCGGGAGCAACAUCUACACGGUGAUGGACAGAUCGUCCAUCGUCGUGCGCGCGGAGCGGCUGACGCCGUUCGUGCCGCCGCCGCCGCCGGAACGCGUGGUGGCGGAGGAUCCGAACCAGCCAACGUCGGCGAAGGCGCGCGCGGUGGCGGCGGAUCCGAACCAGCCCGCGCCGGAGGCUGUGGCCGCGGCCGCGGAGGCGCCGACGGAGGUUCAGGAGCCCCCCGAGCCGUGA